AUGCCGGCGGCCGUGGCGAAAGGCAUCAUCCUAUCGAUUUCCAUCAUCACCGCACUCGGCCUCGCCGUAAUCGAGAACCCUCAAGUCCAGCAAUGGAUCGAAGAGCAGCGACGCCGGAUCGCCGAGCUGCUGAGGCAAAUAGGAGAAGAGCUUGAUCCUCAGAGCCGAAGGACUGCAGAAGCGUUUGCUUUUGAAGGGCAGACAGUAGCCGAUGUUGAAGGUCUCAAACGAGAGGCUGAAGGUAGUCGAGAUGCAGCUGCUAUGGCGACCGGAAGAAGCUUGUCAAGUGCCAGCACUAUACGUAGGAUUCCCAUCAAGGGCCCCUCGGACCCAGACGAGGCAGAGGAGCGGAGGCGAAAAGGACGAGAAUACCUGGCCAGGCGAAACCAGCAGAUGCUUGAACUUCAGGGAAGGAGAAACGCCGACGCGAAGGCAAACGGACUGGAAACACCACCUACACCGACAUUCGAUGAGCUCGUUGAUGCCGAAGGAAAGCUCAAGUUGACCGAUGAGGCGUUGCCAUCACCACCCAAUGCUGAGCCACUACCUACAUCACUGGAGGAGGAGAUGCGGCAAGUCGAGCGCAACCUCUCGCAACCCAUCAUGCUUGGCGAGUCGAGCUCAAGCUUCGCAGGCCCAAGCGGUUGGCGGAUGGGAGUCGAAAUGGCGGACCCAUUCAGCGACGAAUAUGCCCUUGAACGUAGUAUGACCCCCAAGCCUCCAGUCCCGCCUAAGAUCGAACUCGACCCACCAGUAUCUGUCCCUGCCGAAUUCACUCCCCAACGAGCACCCACACCUCCAAUCUCUGUUCCCGGGAGCUUCUCGCCGAUAUCGACAGAACCGCAAAGAGAACAACCCCCCGUCAACCAUGAUGAACUGAGCUAUGAGGAGCAGUUGGCGAUUGCUCUCUCACUUUCUGAGCAAGAGAGUUCGUCCAACGCCGCCACCGUAAGGCAGACCCGCCGCGAGGAGGAAGACGACGACGCAUUGCGAGCUGCCAUAGCUGCAAGUCUCAAGGACAUGGACGAUCAGCAAGCUGCUCAUGCCAUUGCGUACGCUGAGCCCUCAACUCCAAGACCGAUCGCUGCCCAUCCUCAACCUCUUGUCGAUCUUACUCCGUCAACACCCCCAGCUCAGCCGAAUUGGGGAGACAUUUUCGACCAUCGCUUCUCGCCAGCACACGAACCAUUGUCCCUGGCCCCGUCUUCAGCGCCCUCUGAAGCGUCAGAUGAGUUGUAUCGUCUCACUCCAGAGCUCACUCGCGCACGUCUCGCCAACUGGGACGCUCAAGUGACUCAGGCGCCUCCAUCGUCAACUGGCUCAAGUCUGCCCUAUGACCCUGUCCGUGAUACUCAGAGCACUCCGCAGCCUGUUCAGGACUUGAUGGACGCCAGCUUUUACUCCGCUCCCGAUGUCGUGUCACCGCCGGCCAGCGUCAGCACCCACACUCUGGAUCGUGAAACACCUCAACUCAUCGACGUGAGCGAAGGCGUGCCUCACGAGAGCGCAAGAACUCCAACGUCUCGAGCCCACUCAUCCUUCGGCUUCCAGACCGACUCUGACUCCGAUACCUUUGCCUCCGUAUCCCCAUCUCAAUCUCGCCCGGAGUCACGAGCACGAAGCGAGGUUUCGGGCAUUGAGGUUAUUGAUGUAGCGGAAGACAGCGAUAUCGAUAUGCUCUCGGAAGAAGGUGAUGGAGUCGCCACGCCGGACAGCUGGUCAGAGGUUGGCAGCAGGGAUGCCGACAGUGAUAUGGAGGACCAGACGCAGGAGCAGUCUGCUCGGUUGAGCUCUUAG